UCCUCCUCCUUCUCCUUUGGUCCGUCUCUGGCUUGUGGAAGGGGCUGCUUGUUUCCAUGGGGACUGCGUCGCGCGUAAUCUCGGGGCUCUUGGCCAUGGCGGGGUCCUUAGGCCUGGCGGGUGUGCUGUGGAUUGCGAUAGUGCCGAACAGAAAACGCAUGGAGGAGAUGGACAAGGAGUUCCGUGAAUCCAACCCUCGGCUGUGGACAGAGAGGCAAAAGCAAAACACCCAGAUCAUGGCGAUCCUUAAAGAAGCAGCUGAGACCAACGAGAACGUGGCCAGUAAGCCGUGGCCCUGGAGGAAAUAACUGCAGGUGUGGGUGGGGAAAUCCCUGGACCCCUGGGAUGAACCUAGCUUAACAGGUGUCUGGCCCGAUUCAACUUAGAACUCAGCAAGACUGUCCUUGGCAGAUGCCAUGCCACGGCUGUGUGGUAUUGUAGCAUGGGACUAGGAAGAUUUUGGUGUCCCCUUGGUGGGGAGAUCACUCCGUUUUUGUGCUGCACCCAUACCCUUCUUGCCCAUGGGGUCGCUUUGGAGUCAAUGGCAAGCGAUAAUAAAGGAUCGUCAUAAAUUACAA